AUGAGAUUCCUUUGCUUGCACGGAAUGGGCACAAAUUCCCAAGUCUACGAAGCCCAGCUAGCCCCCAUUCGCCACCUCUUAGACCCUACCUACGAAUUCGAGUUUGUCGACGGCCUAGUCGAAUGUGGUCCAGCGACUGGUGUCCCUUCCUUAUUCUCCGGCCCCUUCUACUGCUACUACAACAAACCCACCGUCGAGAACCUCCAAGCCGCAUACGACCUGGUUCUGGAGAUCAUCGAAGAAGAAGGACCCUUUGAGGGAAUCUUCGGCUUCUCGCAAGGCGGCGCCCUGGCAGCCUCGCUGUUGCUGCAUCAUCGCAAAACUAACCCCCAUGCCCCCGAGUUGUUCAACUUCGCCGUGUUCACCUGCGCCAGUCUACCCUUUGAUCUGCAGACUGCGGCCCAGGGAAACAAAUACAACACCAUCGUCGAUCCCCAGACGGGCGAGGUCGAUGUUCGGGACUGGGUCGAGGGGGAUGUUGUCAAGCCGGCUGAAAUCAACGGGUUCAUUACGGCCAGUGAGCCGGGAGAUGUGGUUCUGCGUCGGUAUCAUCCGGAUCGGGAAUCGGCUAGGAUUCAAAUUCCUACCGUUCAUAUUAUGGGUGCGUUGGAUCCGUUCUUGCCUCAGUCGAAAGUGACGGUUGGGCUUUGCAGUCAGCAUUCAACAAUUGGGCAUAAUCUUCCCCGGGAUGCGAAAUUUGCCUUGAAGGCUGCUAUGGCUAUACAACGGGCGAUUUCUACAGCCAUGUUUCAACAUUAA